UAAAAGCCCUGCACUCAGAGUCUAUCGCACCUAAACUCAUGUUCAGAGGAGCUGCCGCUGCAUUUACAAGCAUCUGCUUAUUCAGCUCAUCAGAACAAUUAUUGAAGAAACGCAUAUUCAAUAUUUCCAUAUUUCUGUUUAUUUAAAAAAAAAAAGUGAUUAGACGAAAACGGUGUCAUUCUCAAUUAUUUUUUAAACCUCCACGGACGUGUGCAGGAUAGUUCUUGUCUUUCAGCGUUUUUCUUUUUUAUUAAUUUCAGUGUUAGCGUUGAAAUGGCAUCAAGUUCAGUGUGUGAUCUGAGGAUUGUGCUGAUAGGAAAGAAUGGAUCAGAAAACAGCCGAGUGGGAAACACUUUACUGGGAACAGAAGCGUUUCACAGAGAAGCCUCGUCUUAUUCACAGCAGCACAGUGUGAGAAUCAGUGAAGAGAUGGAGGGGAGACACAUCACAGUUAUAAACACUCCUCUCCUGCUCCAGCCGAAUCUCCAACACCAUCAGAUAACAGAGAGAGUGAGAGAGUGUGUGUCUGUGUCUGCUCCAGGACCUCAUGUGUUCAUACUCAUACUACAGUAUAAGGACUUCAGAGAGAACGACAGACACAGAGUGAAAUAUCUGCUGAACCUCUUCAGUGAGCAGGCCAUGAAACACACUAUAGUGCUGACUACUGAUGAAGAGAGCACAAAUAAUUCUAUUCAUGAUCUAAUAAAGGAGUGUGGAGGACAUCUACAGUUUGAUAAAGGAAACCCAGGAUGGCGCUCUGAGUUGUUCAGAAGAACAGAAGAGAUACUCAAGAAAGAACAUGUAGUAUUUCUCCUCUGUAACAUGUAUGAAGAUGGAGGUGAUGGAUCAUCAGUGGAUGGAGAUCGGAGCAGAUCUGAAGCUUCAGACAGAGGAGAAGAUGAAGAGAGGGAUUCUGAUCGUGAUGGAGGAGAUCCAGAGGGUGUGAAGCUGAAUCUGCUUGUGUGUGGGAGUAACAGAGAAUUAAAAUCCUUCAUAUCAAACCUGAUCCUGAAGCAGAGAAGAUCAGAGCUGAUCUCAGAGUGUGUGAGGAGAGACGUGGAGCUUGAUGGACGUCUGAUCAGUCUGGUGGAGCUUCCAGCUCUGUUCAACACUCAGCUCUCAGAGGAGGAAGUGAUGCGUCAGACUCACCGCUGUGUGUCUCUCUGUCAUCCUGGAGUACAUGUGUUCAUCCUCAUCAUUCCUGAUGCUCCACUUAAUAAUGAAGACAGAGCAGAAAUAGAGGAGAUCCAGAAGAUCUUCAGCUCAAGAGUCAACAAACACAUCAUGAUCCUCAUAAAGCAGAAUUCAGAGCAUCAGACAGAAGAACUCAAUGAAGAAACACAGUCUGUCAUUGAGAGAUUUGGAGGACGACAUCAUUUCAUCGGCCUGAACACACAAGUGUCUGAGUUGAUGGAGAAACUGGAGCAGAUGGUUGAGGAAAAUAGUGGUGUUCGUUUCUCCACAGAGACAUUGAUGGAGGCACAGAUGGAGAAACUGCAGAAAUUAGAAGAAAUGAAGAACAGAGUCCAUUCAUUAGAGACGUGGAUUCAGUCACAAGAUUCAAGAGACAGAGAAAACGAUCUGAGGAUUGUGCUGCUGGGAAAAACUGGAGUUGGGAAGAGUUCAACAGGAAACACUAUUUUAGGAAGAAUCAUGUUUAAAGCUGAAACAUCUCAAGAGUCUGUUACUGAAGUGUGUCAUCGAGAGAAAGCUGAGAUCAACGACAGACACGUCACUUUGAUCGACACUCCAGGACUGUUUGAUACUGAACUCAGUAAUGAAGAAACCCAGAGAGAAAUGAGUAACUGCAUCUCCAUGAUCCUGCCUGGACCACAUGUGUUCAUCAUCGUGCUCAAUUUAGGACAACGAUUCACUCAAGAAGAAGCAACAGCAGUGAAGAUCAUCCAAGAGACGUUUGGUGAAAACUCAUUAAUGUACACCAUGGUGCUCUUCACCAGAGGAGAUGAUCUGAAUGAUAAAACCAUUGAACAGUGUUUGGGAAAACCUGGAUCUGCUUUAAAUGAACUGAUUGAAGCGUGUGGAAACAGAUUCCAUGUGUUCAAUAAUAAAGAGACCAGAGACCGAACACAGGUGACUGAUCUACUGCUGAAGAUAGACAACAUGGUGAAAGAAAACGGAGAGAGUUACUACUCAUGUAAGAUGUUCAGAGAGAUGGAGAGAGAAAUACAGGAACAACAGAAGAACAUACUGAUGGAGAAAGUGGAGCAAGUGAACAGAGAAAAAGAAGAACUGAUGACGAAACAUGAAGAAGAGAUAAAGAGAAUGAGGAUGAAGAUUGAGGAAGAACAACAGAAUCACGAGAAAGCGAGAAAGAGAAGAGAAGAAGAAUUUAUUGAGAGAGAAGAACGGUUUAAAACAGAGAUAAAAGAAAGAGAAGAACAAGAGAUGAAGAUACGAGAGGAGCUGAAGAGAGAACGAGAGGAGAUGAAGAAAGAACGAGAGGAAUGGAUGAAACAGACACAACAGGAAAGACAAAGAAGAGAAGAAGAGGAGGAGAAAAGGAUAAAGAGAGAACAGGAAAUGAUGGAGGGAGAAAGACGGAAGCGUAACAAAGAGAGAAAGAGAAGAGAAGAGGAAUUUGAUGAGAUGGAAGAGCGAUAUAAAAUGGAGAUGAAAAAAGAACGAGAGAACUGGGAGGCACGGGAACGACAAGAAAGAGAAAGAAGAGAUGAAGAGGAGAGAAAAAGGAGAAAGAAACAGAUGCAGGAAGCAGAUGAUGAAUAUUAUGAGAAACGUAAACGAGAAAGAGAAAGACUUGAACUUCAGUUCAAUUAUGAAGCACAGAUGAGAAAGAUGAUGAUGAAGAUGGAGGAAGAAAGAAAGAAUCAUGACAAAGAGAAAAAGAGGCUAGAAGCAGUGAAGAGAGAACGAGAGGAAUCGGAGAAAAAGAAACAACAGGAAAGACAAAGAGAAGAAACACCCAACUCUAUUCAACUUCUUAAUUAA